UCAAAGAUCAAGAAUCUUGGAUUUGCAAGCAACUUGACUCACCUAUAUCUUCAAAAAAAUCAAAUAACAAAGAUAGAGGGACUAGACAAUCUUAAAAGAUUAACCAAGCUGUAAGUAAUUCCUCUUUAUAAGUUAUUACUGUUGAGUUAGAGUGUCAACAGUAAUAAUCAUUACACGUGUAGUAAAGUCUGUAUUAAGUCAACAGCCGUAGUACCCUAAUGCAUGCAUAUAGGGUGUUUCACCUUAACUUAAUAGAGACCCUGCCGGGGGGCGGGGUCCCAUGUCGCUCAUCUGAAUUUUAAAACGUCUCGUGUCGGUGUUUAUAAAUGCUUGUCACUUAUUGUCGGCUUUGCCGUCACUGUCGCAAUUUGGCUGAGGGCAGUUGUCUCUUGUCGCGAUUUCAUUUUACACACUGUCGCUACUUUUUGGGCCAUGUCACUUGUCAGAAUUUACCCUGGCAGGGCCUCUUAAUAAACCUCCUGGCCCCAGUAGUUCAAAAUGUGGAUAAGGCUUUCCUCUGGAUAGUGAUUUAUCCAGUGUAUUGUGCUGUCCAGCUCUUGACCUGGGGCCAGUAAGUAAGCUUACUUUUCCAAAGUAUAAAGCCUGUUUCAAACCUUGUGCCACAGCUUAGAUGCUGAGCUGGCUUGACUUUGGCAGGGAGGGUUGCCCCCUUUAAAGGGUAACAGUUUCGGUUACAGAUAAUUUAUAUUUGGUCAUUUUAAAUGUCAGGAUAAAUAAAAGCCUCAGAGCAGUGAGGCAGUAAUCAGGGCUUUAUAGCUGGGACUUGGGUUGUCCCUUGGCUAAUGUAGUAUAAGACACAAAAAGAAAAUAGACCCAAAAGAUAUAAUAACUAUUGCAUAUGCCUGGUAACUUGAAAUCUAUGUGACUGCCUGAGAAAUGUCCUGUAGAUUACUGUGAAUGAUGGCCAGUGUUAACUUAUGCAAGAGGUAGUACUCCACUGUCAGAAGUAUUGUCUAAGUUAUUGACUUGUUGUCUUUCCAGAUACCUGGGUUCAAAUGCCAUCACAGUUGUGGAAGGAUUAGAAAGGUUAGAGAAUUUAAGAGAGCUUCACAUUGAGAAACAGACUUUACCUCCUGGAGAAAAGCUCCUCUUUGAGCCACGAUCACUUCAAGCUCUUGCUGUAAGUAUUUUACAAUGUUUGCUAAGACGGCAAACGUAUAUCACUGACAUAAUAAUCAUGAAUCAGUUUAGUCAAGGUUAACUGUGAACAGACUGAGCUGUUAAAACUAUUUGUUGAAAUUAAGUGUGUGGGUGGUCUCAAUAUUACUGAACAUUCAUGGUUGGAUGAAUAAUGAUGAUGAUUUUGGUGGUGAUGAUGAUGAUGAUAGGAUAACAGGAAUUUAAGAAUAACAAUAGACUAACAUAUGGUAUUUUUCUUGUCUUUACAGAAAAGCCUGUGUGUGUUGAACAUAUCAGAGAACAACAUUGAUUCAAUUGAAGAGUUAAAAUGCCUGACAAAUAUGACACAGUUCUUCACAGAAAAUAACUGUCUUUCAGAUAUGAAGGUAAAUGCAUGUUAUUUUCUUCAUCCCCUGGCUCAUACUUCAAUUGGCCAACUUACUCAGAUCAUUUAAAAGAAUGGACCAAGUUUUAUGUCAUGAAUUAAUUCUGCUAAGGUCAGGGUAUUGCAAUUUUAUUGAUAAUAUUGUUAGUUAAAUAACAAUUUUUUUUUGUCUUUGACUUGAAGGAACUUUCAAGAGUGUUGGCUGCAUGGCCAUCAGUAUGGAGGUUAGAGAUGGCUGGGAAUACUUUGUGUCACAAGAAAAAGUAUAGAGACAGAGUCAUAGUUAUGUCUCGAUCAUUAGGUAAGUGGUUUUUAGUGACAUUUGAUAAAAAAAAUGAAAAACUCAAGAAAAAAAUCCUUAAUUUUUUUUAAAAAUAUUGAAUAACAAAAAUUAUUACUGUAGUGCAAUGUGAAAAGACUACCAAAGUCUCUGAAAGUGGUUUUUUUGGGGGGAAUUUUUACACCAGAGAUCUCUUUGGUAGAAACAAAUAUUGGAUGACUUUUCAUCGAUUCUAUCGUACUUAAUAGUUUUAAAGCUAUUAUUUUUAUUGCAGUUUAUGUGUCCUUAAUGUACAUUAUAAUGUUGUUGACUUCGUAGUAAUGCUGGAUGGCAAGGAAAUCAAUGAGACUGCAAAAAGGUUCUUAAUGAACUGGAAAGCCAGCAGAGAUGCGAGAAGACGUCAGAGAAGGCAA